UAUGAAAUGUGAAACAUAAUUUGUCCUUACAAUCUUGAAGGAAAUCGAAGAGCUAGGAUACGAACAGGAGAAUGAACCCUAGCCCUAAACAUGAUUUCAGCACAAACACAUUAAUCGAAGAGGAAGGAAUCACAUUUCAGAGCUAAAUACUAUGUGGAGGUAGACUAAAAUACGAUGUUGAGCUUAUUGGCGAUUAAUUGGAAACCCAGAGGAAGUUUAAUGAUUGUUGGCAUAGUAUCACAAGGGCAUUUUCUGAAAUUAUGUAUACCUUUCCAGAAAUUAUUCAAGCUCCAAACUUUGUCUCAGGCCAACAGAGAUCCAACACCAUUGCACCGUGCAGCAAGAGUAUUGAUAAAUUGUGAACUUAUGCAUAUGAAAGGCAAAGAAGACGAAUAAGGAAUUUCAAAAUCAUGGAUUUCACGUUUUGAGAGAAUGAGUUUAUAUUGGAAAACAUAUCACCUUCGUGAUUUUGCUCAACUGCGACUUUAAUGGAGUUAUACAAAUGAAGAAGAUAUGACUCAAUUUAGCUCCAUCUUCUCAAAAAGCUCGGGGAGUACCUGUUUAUUGUUUCCCUGAGAAUACAAGUACUUUGAAAAGAGAGUAUCAACAUAAAGUUAAGUGAGUGCAUAUAUGUUUAUGUUUAAAAGGAUGUUUCGGUAUCUCGAAUAUGUAAACUGUUCCAGAAAAUCCUAUAUUUUCUGCUGUAUAUGAAAAGUAGUUUUAUUCCCAUAAAACCGUUCCAUUUGUAAACCAAU